AUGACAGGCCGAGGUCCUCCAUCGCACCCACAAGUUCCGAGAAAGUGGUACGGAGAACCAGGAGGCCUUUUUGGAAUGUUUGUACUGGCCGAUGUCCCGACCAAUAUCUUAGACGAAAUACUCGACGAAAUUUAUGAAGAGUUCGACUGUCCUAGAAUUUGGCUAGCGACAGAUACAGUAGAAGUACCUAUUACGUCGGACCAUCCUAACAUGACAAUAACACCACUCGACCCUAGUUGGCGUUCGCCUUACUUAGGAAAGACUAUUCCAAAUAUAGUUAACUUCCUAAAGUCUCUUCCUCAGUCUGAAGACUUCGAUAGACGCCACUUUCUUACUAUUGAUGAGGAGUGCAUACAAGGAGAAAGAAGAUGGAUUAAGGGAUACCGUAUUGAAGGAGGCUUAGAUGAUAAAGAAAACGAGUGGACUGAAGUUGCUGGCGAACCAGUUAGUAUAGCUACUCUUGUUUUCGGAUAUGAAAUUGGUGACUGGGAGGAGUUGGUCCAAGCAUGGACAUGGCACGGUAGAGCGAUAAAGUAG